GAUGAAGCCAUAACAGCAGUCAAGAUCGUCAAUCUUGACACGAAAGCUGAAUCUACCACCGCUUGCUCAAACCUUGUUCUCUGCGCUGGACCGUGGACAGAGCGGGUGCUUCAGGAGUUGUUCCCCACGGCGAAAGUUUCACUCCCUAUCUAUUCCUUAGCGGGCUACUCUUUGGUUCUGCGCUCUCCAAGAUACACUGUGGAGCACGAGCAAACGACAUACAAUGGCCGGAGUCAAGCUCUAUUUACCACAUGUCCCCUGUCUUGCGGCUUUUGUCCGGAGUUAUUCUCGCGACAAGGAACAGAGAUCUAUAUCGCAGGCCUUAAUACGACACAGAUUCCCCUUCCGGAUCGAGCAGAUAAUUACUACAAGUCGAUGGAUUAGAAGGAGAUGAGGAGGCUGAAAGCAGUCUCUGUCCGUCUUCUUGGAAGGCUUGCAGAGGGCAGCUCUGAGGCAACAGACGCAAUCACGAACACUGACGAUUUGGAGAUCCUACGUGAAGGGUUGUGCUUCCGACCCGCUUCGGAGAGUGGAACCCCUUUCGUAGGAAAGAUUGAAGCUAGCUCAUUGGGGGCGAGUACAACCGGAGGUGUGUAUGUUGCUGCAGGCCAUGGCCCAUGGGGCAUCUCGCUCAGUCUAGGAACUGGCAAAAUUGUUGCCGAGUUAGUGACAGGUGCUGAGUCUUCAGCGGAUAUUAGUGGCUUGGGCGUGUGAAUAGAGAUAUUCGGACAGAUUGACGGAGAGUUUGAAGUUAGACAAGCAAU